UGUGAGGUAUUUAAAAGCUGCAAUAGUGAAUUUUCCUCACAUUCUACUCUCGCAAUUCAAAAUGAUUGGGGUAACCAGAAUAAUUUGUGUUUUGGCGAUGAUGUCCAUAUCCACUGGUGUGGCUGUUUAUAGAAGAGAGGCCUUCCAGAGAUUGUCUGUUGGCUGGGGAAAUCCAGAUUUGCCUACAAUUGAAGCGAAAAACAGGCAAUACUAUGUGGAAACCGUUCUAAGAGCUGAUUACUUCAAAGCUCAAUAUUACUGUAAGAGACAUGGGAUGGAGUUGGUAUCAAUUGAAUCAAAAGAAGAGAAUGACGCACUAAAGAAAGCACUAGAUGGAUUAGAAUUGUCCGGCAACUAUCAGUUUUUGACAUCCGGUGUGAAAAUUCCUGAUGUGGAAAUUUGGGCUUGGAUGAGCAGUGGGAAACCUAUAAGAUACAGAAAUUUCAAAAAUGGGUAUAACAAGUACGGCACUGGCAACAGAUGCAUUUCCGCCAUUUAUGACGAGCCCAGCAAAGGUCUCAACAUGAUGUGGACCUCAGACCCUUGUGACGAGUAUAAAUUUUUCAUUUGUGAAGAAAAAAAUCAGUGUAAUAGAACUAAUGAAUAUACAACUGCUUCUUAUAUGCGUGGUUAAAAAAUACUUAUGUCUAAAACUAAAUAGGUAUGGGUAUCGACUUUUACUAAAUAUUUCAUCAGGAAGUAUAUGUAGUAUGUACCGUGUGUUCACGUU